AUGGCCACCGCCAGAAGCGCCGCCGGCGCAGCCUUCUUGGUGGUGCCUUUCUUUGCUUUCGUGAACCUUGGCAAUGGCUUCAUGUCGCUGCCGGACACGGCCCCUGCUGGACGUGUGCUUAGUGGAGGCAUGGGCUCUGAGAGGCGACGAUCCUGGAUUGCUUUGGCAGGGGCCAUUGCCAGCGAAAUGGGAGUGGAAGCCAGUGCAAAAGCAGAAGAGGAGAGCGCAGCUAGCGCAUCCCUGUAUGUAGUUGAUGAAACGAAUUUGCUGGCACCUUCCACGGAAAAGUACUUGGAGCGAUUGCUGAAGAAGCUACAAGCCGACACAGGCUUGAAGCUGCGAGUGAUCUGCCCUCCCAGAGAUCUUCAGACAGAUCGUGAUGCAUUCCAGGAAUAUUUAAGACCAAUCAGCAAGAGGCUGGGAACGGACUCGGCGAGCGUGGUAAUCCUUGCUGAGGAACGUUUCCAGAAACGGACGGGGCGACCAUUGCCUCUGAUGACUGUUCAGGUUGGCUUUCGUCUGCAAGAGCGCUUUCAGUACCGGUUGACCAACGACUACAUUCUGAGCGUGGCAGACAAGUAUGGAUUUCCCCCUACUGUGGAUCGAAUAGGUCCUGAUUUGGCAAUCCAGGAAGCUACCAAGAACGUGGCAGCUUGCCUGUUUGGUUUGAGUGAUGAUACAACAAAGCGAUUCUUGCGGGUGUUGCCUGAAGAACAGGUCCUUAAGAUCCUGCAGAAGCACAACGCUUGA